AUGGCCCCUACUGACGACAUCCUGACUGAUGUCCCAGGAACCGUUUACUUGGUUGACACAUCCGGGAACCUGGCCGAUGCUGCUCACGCGAAUGAUAUUCUCCUGCUCCCCCAGCCAUCAUGUUCCGCAGCUGAUCCUCUAAACUGGCCGAAGUACAAAAAGUACUGGACCCUGUGUCUCAUCUCAGCCUAUGCAUGCGUGAACUCCUUUGGCGAGAACAACUGGGGUGCAUCAUGGACCACUAUCUCCGAUGAGACCGGCGUCAGCCUCGAGAACAUGAACGGCGGCUCCGCCCUCAACUAUCUCAUGCUUGGCUUCUUCAAUAUCAUCUGGAUUCCGACGGCGAUGAAAUUCGGGCGAAAGAUCGUCUACAUCUUGAGUUUGAUAUUUGUCGGCGCGAGUGGUAUCUGGGGUGCGUUUUACGUUGGGACGGGUCAAUAUUAUGUUAUGACGACGAUUAGUGGAAUGGGCACUGCUGCGUACCAAGCCCUGAUUCAGCUUACGAUCUUCGAUACGUUCUUUGCCCACGAACGAGGCCGAAUGAUCGCGAUUUACAUCUUCUUCCAGCAGCUGGGGUCCAUCCUCGGACUUAUCUUGGGCGGAUACAUAUCCGAUGGUAUCGGAUGGAGAUGGAGUAUGCCCAUUGUUGCAAUUGCCUGUGGAGUCCUAAUCUUGUUAUUCAUAUUUACCUUCGACGACACCAUGUUCCCGCGGUACCGCUUCUCAGAAAGAACACCAUCGGAAACCCUGAAAGGCGAACAGAGCUAUGAAGCUCCACCUGAAAUACAAUCUGAGAAGCCUCAGAAAGAGGAGCCCCAUAUGUCAGUGACCCCAAGCAAUGGCGCGGGCGAGGUAGACAUGCCGCCACGGACAUAUUUCCAGAAAAUCGCUCUGGUGCACUACUUCAAGGACGACCAGACGACAUGGUUCCAGUAUUUCCGACGACCGUUCUAUCUCUUCGCGUUUCCCAAUAUCGUCCUAGCUGGUAUUCAAUUCGCGUUCGGAUGCACCGCGGGAAUCGUCUCCUUCAACACCAUCUCAGAGAUCAUGACAGAAGCGCCGUACAACUGGAGCAACGGCUCAACCGGCCUAUUGUUCCUCUCCGCUCUGAUCGGCAGUUUCUUCGGGAUGGGCGUCGGAUCCCUAUCAGAUUGGCUCGUCCUCGUCCUAGCCCGUCGCAACAAGGGCUACAAAGAGCCCGAAAUGCGACUCUGGGCAUACGUAUUUCCGCUAAUAUUUGCCGCCCUUGGGUACUUCAUCUACGGCUGGGGUGCCACGGCAGGAGCGCAUUGGAUGACCAUCGCCGUUGGUUUGUGUUGCAUGAUCGCUCAACAAGUCUCAGCAACUAGUAUCGCGACAGCUUACGCCAUGGAAUGCUUUGACAAGAUCUCCGGUGAACUGGUGAUCGUACUCGCCAUAUGCUCUUCUGUCAUCAAUUUCGCCAUCUCGUUCACUGUGCAGCAUUUCAUUAACGCCACCAACUAUGGCUGGGCUUUCACUUUUUAUGGUAUAUGUGUGGUCCUUUCUAUGGCGAUGGGUGUACCGAUGCUUAUCUGGGGCAAAAGCUGGCGCCGACGGGGCAAGGGGCGUUAUGAGAAGUUUCUGGCAGAGACGGGUCGUCAAUCUUGA